AUGGCAUCAACAAGUGUUAAGAUAUUUGUGGUUGGGGGAACCGGUGCCCAGGGUAUCCCAGUCAUCUCAGGCCUGGUACGCGACAAAAAGUACCAAGUUAGGGUUCUCACACGCAAUAGAGCCUCACCCCGCGCCAGGCAGCUAGAGGCACUAGGAAACGUCGAGUUCAUCGAAGGCUCAUUCGCCAGUGAGUCGGAUCUUCGCAGGGGCUUCCGCGGAUGCGAUGGCGCAUUUAUCAACAUCGACGGGUUCAACUGUGGCGAGAAAACCGAGACAUACUGGGCAAUGCGCGCAUAUGAGCUCGCCAUUGAAGAAGGCAUAACAUUCUUUGUCUAUGGGAAUCUGGACUACGGGUACAAGAAGGGUGGAUAUGACCCGAAAUACCGCUGCGGACACUAUGAUGCGAAAGGCCGCAUUGCAGAGUGGCUGCUUUUCCAGAACCAGUUCAAUCAGAGUCGGAUGAGGGCUGCUGUUUUUACCAGCGGGCCCUAUAUCGACAUGGCGAUUGCAAUUGGGACCCCCAUGUCUUCGACGGUCGAGGACGGGGUCGUUACCUGGCGGGUGCCGCUGGGCUCUGGCGCUGUACCACAUGUGUGCCUUGAGGACUGCGGGUUUUAUGUUCGAUGGAUGUUCGACAACCCCGGCAAAGCAAGCGGAAUGGACUUGGAAGUGGCGAUUGAGCACGUCCACUACAAGGAGCUCGCUCGUGCCUUUGAAGCCGUAACGGGCCAUCCAGCUCGGUUUAUUGAUGAACCCAUGGACAGCUACUGGGCCAGCGGACCCUUGAGUCGUGCGGCAGAGCUGGGGGGAGGGUACAACUCCGAUCCCAGUGACCCUGCGUUCAUGACCAUCCGGGAAAACUUCACGGGGUUUUGGAAUCUAUGGAAGGACUCGGGCAAGAACCAGGGGGUCAUCAAGCGGGAUUAUAAGCUGCUCGAUGAGAUACAUCCAAACAGAAUCAGGACUGUCGAGCAAUGGUUCCGUGCGGCAAACAAUCAAGGACAAAAGGACGGCAGGGGUUCUCUAUGGGACAGGGUGCAGCCAGGGAAUAUGCAGCCGAUUUUGAAAUUGCAUGAAGACGGCCGCAAAGGGUCGCUUUGA